AUGGCGGAAGGCUGGGCGGAAGGAUUUGCCUCUGCACAGGCCGCACUGAAGGAUGGCAAAUUCUUCGAUGGGGUUCAGUUCAUCAACGCGUGCAUGGAGGCCUAUGCCAAGGUGCUCGGAGACGAGUCCGACAAAGUUGUGAAGGACCCUUCCGCGUUCGUCUCCGAGAUCGGACCCAAGAUCUCGCAGGAGCAGAAGGAUAUCCUCCGAGAGAUGUACGAGAUCCGCGGUGACAUCAUCACGGGCCUGGGCGCCAACAAGCGUGCCGCCACCGACUACGAGUGUGCGCAGGCCUUAGGAAGCAGCGACGCGGCUCUGAAGGAGAAAGUUACGCAGGCACAGGCGGCCGUGAAAGGCAAGAAGGCUGCCAGCAAGGUGCCGGUGACCGUGCUUACUGGAUUCCUCGGCAGCGGGAAAACGACGCUGCUGAAUCGGAUCCUGCACGAAUGCCACGGCAAGCGCAUUGCCGUCAUCGAGAACGAAUUCGGAGAGGUCGGCAUCGACGACAACCUUAUCGAAGCCGGCCCGCUGACGACGGAGGAGAACAUCAUCGAGAUGAAUAACGGCUGCAUCUGCUGCACCGUCCGGGGUGACCUCAUCGCUGGCCUGAAGAAGAUGGUGAAGAACUCCAUCAAGAACAGCAAGCCUCUGGAUGGGGAAAAGAAGGAGAAGAAGGAGGAAAAGGAGAAGGAGAAGAAACAGAAGAAGGAGAAGACGGAGAAGAAACAGAAAAAGCAGAAGAAGGAGAAGAAGCAGAAGAAGGAAUGA